AUGAAAGGAGCAAAUGAAAAGAAAAAUUUUAAUAAAGAUUUAUAUACAAUCACAUGUACUAUUGACUCUAUUCCUUUAGAAUUUAAUCACCUUCAAGACUUACCUCGUUUUAUUGAGUUAUGUAAAACACAAACAGUUAGUGGUACAGAUAAUACAUUAGAGACACUUGAUUUAUUUUUUGAUGCAGCAGAAAAUAUUCAAGAAGAAGGGUCUGACUCAGAAGAAUCUAAUUCUGUUCCUAUUGCGCCAACACCACCAGAAAGUCGUCGUGUAUCAAAAAAUUUAAGUCAGAAAAUCCAAUUAAAAUUAGGUGAUAUACCUGAAAAAAGAACAUCUAAAGAAAAUUUAGAAUUUGUUGCUCGAGACUCUGUUAAAAAACAAAUGAAAACAAGUGGGUCACAAAAAGGAAAAAUGGUUAGAAAAACUAUUACUAAUGUUAAAGUUAUUACUAAUGAUAAUGAUGAUUCUACAGAUACUGAAGAUUUUAUCAAACCAUUAUACUCAAUGGAAAAAACAAUGGGAAUGAUGGAAAAAGAAGAAGAACCUAUUGUGUUACUUAUUGAUCCAAAGAAACGAAGGUCUUUAAGAUUUUAUGAAGCAAUGGGAGAGAAUGUUGAAGAAGUUAUUGAAAAAAGGUAUCAUUUUAUUUUUAUAAGUGAUUCUGAAGAAAUGAAAAAGUUUAUUGCAUUAUUAGUGAUGAAAGCUGGAACUAAAGAAAAGGCAAUUAAAAUUGGUAUUUGUGGGUCUGAUGGAUUUGUAAGUCUUUUUGUUCGAAUUUUUAUUGAAAUUACUUCAAAAAAAUUAAAAGGAGGAGAAGGAAUGUUUAAAUUCUAUUAUAUUCCAGUUGGAAAAACUUGUGAAUUAAUGACAGUCUUAGAUGGAAGUAAAAAAUACAGAGAAUUAUUCUUUUCAGAAGAAUGGAAUGGUUUGUUUAAUACAACUCAAAAUAUUCAACAACAAAUUUGUAAAGUAAUAUUUGAAAAAGUUAAUGAAGUUAUUCAAAAUUCUCAAAAUAAAAAAUAUAUUCAAUUAGGAGAAAUACAAUUAACUACAGAAAAUGAAACUGUGAUUGUUCCAUUUUUAAAGAGUAUUUGUCUCACUCCAACUAUAACUGAAUCAAAACCUCCUGUUAUUGCUAUUGAUAUUUGUAAACAAAAGAAAGAUAAACAACAUGUUACAAAAAUUAAAAAACCAUUAAGUGCAUUAGAUAUUAUUCGAUUAGAUGGUAUUGAAACUACAGGUGCUAUUGAAAAAUAUGGAGAUACUAAAGGGGUAUUAUUAAGUGUAAUUCGAAAGAAUGAUAGAAAAUUGUUAAGUUGUGAACAAAUUAUUAAAACUUAUUGUGGAGAUGAGGAUGAGAAGAAAAAAGAAAAAAAGAAAGUGGAAAAAAAAGAAGACUCACCCUUAAAAAAAGAAGAAAAAGAAGAGUCUUCAGCAAAUGUUUCAACAUGUACAAAAAUGAUGAUCAAUUGUGAAGAUUCAUUGUUUAGUGUUUUUAUUGAUGGGAGGAAAUUCUUUAGUGAUGUUAAAUAUAUUUCAGUUAAAAAUAUAUGGACAGGAACAAAAAGUAUUUAUUUUAACACUUUUGUUUGA